AUGUCUACGACCAUGCCCAGCAAGUCUGAAAUGACAGAGAUUGAACAAGCCGAACACAGAGAGCUUGAAUAUGGAAACGAACUUGGCAAGCGACAUGUACCCCUGGAUCUGGAUGACCCUCACCGUGCAGCGCUCGAGGACAAUCCUGAGCACGCAGAAAAAUUGACAUGGACGACGCUGCUCGCCGUCAUUUCAUUAUCAUUCGGUUACGUCUGUCCCAUCUCCUGCGGCUUUGUCCUUGUGACUGGUAUCCUCGUACCGCUUGGUCUGGAACUUGGUGACACCGAGAACAUUUCCUGGAUCGUCGGAGGUUGGUCCAUUGCUUCGUCAAUCAGUUUCUCUGUCGCCGGAUCUCUCUCGGAUAUUUUCGGAAGAAGAUGGACAGUUGUCAGUGGAGAACUACUAUCUAUCAUUGGAUCUAUUGUGGCCUGUACAGCUCAAACGACACUCACGGUUGCAGCUGGGUCCACCGUCGUUGGCUUCGGUUGUGGGAUUGUAUUUGUAUCCUAUGCUGGUAUUCAAGAGCUUGUGCCGAACAAAUGGCGUGGACUGCUUGGUCUCACGGAAUGUGCCAUGACUGUGCCUUGGGCCAUUGCAGGUGUCUUGAUCGCCAAUGCCUUGCAAUCAAAUACCGCGGCCGGCUGGCGAUGGUGCUACUAUAUCGGUAUCAUCUUUGGCGUCUUGAGCACCGCGGGAACUGUUCUCUUCUACUUCCCACCAUCGCGGCCACAGUACGACUAUGACAAGACCAGAUGGCAGGAGAUCAAGGAGAUCGACUAUCUUGGCUUUCUGCUCUACACAGCUGGCUUGACAAUCAUGCUCAUUGGUCUUACAUGGGCCGGCAGUGUUAAUCAUCCUUGGAAAUCUGCGUCGACUAUUGGACCCAUCGUCGCCGGUGCCUUGACGCUUGUUGCCUGUUUCGUGUACGACUUCACUAUACCUAAACGUCCAUUCUUUCCACUGGAGUUAUUCCGAGAAAUCCGUGGCUUCACCGUACUCCUUGUGGUUGUCUUCGUAGCUGGAGUGGUGUUCUACUCCAUGGCGGGAUUGCUCCCGCAGGGAUCGUUAUACAUGUUCACCUCCGACACUGUCCAAAUUGGUAUCAUCGCCCUACCCAACGGCGUUGCUCAAUUCCUUUUCGGAGGUAUCGCAACCAUUAUCAUGGGGAAAGUCGGCCAUUUGAAGCUCCAGGUCAUCUUAAUGCUCAUAAUCCAGACUGCUGCGACCGGCGCCUACGCUGGCGUCAUCCCAAGCAAUCGGGCGGGUUGGUCGGCCCUUCAAUUCUUUGGCCAAGGCGCUUUUGCGCUUAUCACUCUCCUAUGCUACGUUAUCGCUGGUCUCAAUGUCCCUCUCCGCCAUCUCGGCGUCGCCUCUGGCUUGAUCGGAACCUUCCGUAGCGCAGGAGGCAGCGUGGGUAACGCAGUCUUCAACACCAUCCUGAAUGGCCUUGUUAAUGACCAGAUACCGGCGCGCCUGGCUCAGAUCGUCGAGGAGAACUCUAUGCCGGCGGACACUCUGGCCACGCUCAUUCCUGCAACCAUGCAGAACGCCCUGGGUAUUCCAGAUGCAUUCGCCACGGUGCCGGGAAUCACCCCAAAGGUCGAGGCUAUGGCCGCUACUGCUUUUAAGGAGGCGUAUGCGUUCGCCUUCAGUAGGGUGUUUUACGCAACUAUCCCGUUUGGAUGCUUGGCGAUUAUCGCCGCUCUGUUCAUUUUGGACCCUUCGAAAUACCUUACGAACCACACAGCUGUGAAGAUGGAGCGCGAGGGAGUGGCAGGACGAAAGAAAAUCGAUAAUUAG